CAGCAGUGCAGCAGAAUCUCUACAUAAAGCUGAAACUUUCUCAGGAAUAAAGCGUUAUAACGCGCUAUGUCAUUGGAAAGGAAUAAGGAGGAGAGUGACGGAUACUAGAGGAAAACCGUCGAGCGUUUCAGAGAGCAGUUUGGGUGUUUGGAACUAAUUCUAAACAGAAAUAAAAGGCAGGGAAAGCCUUGCGCAUAAACCCUGACAAUAAAAGCACUCCCUCAUUCCCGUCAAGUGUGCUAACGAAAAGUAGCGCCGCGACAGCACUGAGGGAAAUAUUUCGUUUUUCUGCUAUUUUUACUUUUAUAAUUUCGAAUUCGUGUCAUUUUCCUGCUCUAAACUCGAAACUGUGGAAACAAUGAAAACAUAACUCGUCAAGUGUGCCGUCAGCUAGCCUUGGCUAGCUAGCUACCCGUCGUGUGUUGUGGGACUAGCAGCCAGCUAACGGUGUACACAGAGAAAGUUUCGGGCGCUUUUCGCAAAGCGUUUAUAUUAAAGAAAGCAGGAGCAGGUUCUCUUCUGGCUGCACAGUUUAAUGGACGGCGGAGGCCCCGAAUCGGCUCAGUUUCCGUUCUGUACCAAAUCGACUCGGGUGAGGGUGACAACCGACUUCCGCCCGCUGGACAAUCUUAGCAGCAUGAUGAUCUACCCGGUGGCCGGAGAGGAGCUAAACAGGGCCGGGUCGAGCUCAGGAGGCUGUUACUCCCCCGGAUCGGAUGGACCAGACAGCCGCACAUCUCCCAGUUCGGCGGCACCGGACGGGCCUGCAGGUUUACCCCCGCUUCCUCCUCCUCCUAUGUUGUUCUCUGGUUCCGGAGCCCAGGGCAGCGUGGAUGAGGGCGACCAGCAGGACGGAGCCGAGUACGAGGAAGAGGAGGCUGUGUUCUCCCUGUCCGCACCACCCACUAACCAAUGGUACCAUGGGAAGCUGGACCGGACCAUUGCAGAGGAGCGACUGCGCCAGGCCAAAACGCCAGGCAGCUAUCUGAUCAGAGAGAGCGACAGGAGGCCCGGCUCCUUCGUCCUCUCCUUCCUCAGCAUGACCAACGUGGUCAAUCACUUCAGGAUCAUUGCCAUGUGUGGGGAUUAUUACAUCGGUGGAAGGCGGUUCUCAUCCCUGUCAGACCUCAUUGGUUAUUACAGCUAUGUGUCUUGCCUACUAAAAGGUGAAAAGCUGAUCUCACCAGUGGCUCCACCAGAGCCUGUGGAGGACAGGAGAAGAGUAAGAGCCAUCCUUCCGUACACCAAAGUGCCAGAUACAGAUGAGAUCAGUUUCCUCCAAGGAGACAUGUUUAUCGUUCACAAUGAACUCGAAGAUGGCUGGAUGUGGGUGACCAACGUAAGAACAGAAGAGCAGGGUCUCAUAGUGGAAGAUCUGGUGAAGGAGGUGGGACGAGAGGAGGAUCCCCACGAGGGCAAAAUCUGGUACCAUGGGAAAAUCAGCAAACAAGAGGCGUACAAUCUGCUAAUGACAGCGGGCCAGGUGUGCAGCUUCCUGGUGCGGCCGUCAGACAACACGCCGGGAGACUACUCGCUCUUUUUCCGCACCAGUGAAAACAUCCAAAGGUUUAAGAUCUGCCCCACCCCAAGCAAUCAGUACAUGAUGGGCGGGAGGUACUACAACAGUGUUGAUGAAAUCAUAGAGCAUUACAGAAAAGAGCAGAUUGUAGAAGGCUACACCUUAAAAGAUCCUGUUUCAGUCCAGCAACAAGAACAAGUACUCUCGGACACAGCCAUGGGCAGAGAAAUUUACAACACUAUUCGCCGAAAAACAAAAGAUACUUUCUAUAAAAACAUUAUCAAGAAAGGAUAUCUCCAGUUCAACAAAGGAAAGCGCUGGAAGACCCUCUACUUCAUCCUGGAGGGCAAUAAUGCUCAUCUCAUCUACUUUGACAGUGAGAAACGAGCUACCAAACCCAAAGGUCUAAUCGAUCUUAGCACAUGCUUAGUGUACGGAGUGCACGUCAGUCUGUUUGGCAGGCCAAACUGUUUCCAGAUUGUGGACCAGCACUUCAGUGAAGAGCAGGGUAUUUUCUACUUUGAGGGAGAGACAGCUAUGCAGGCCCAGGACUGGAUGAAAUGCCUUCAGACCAUCUGCAGCAAUCUAAGGAAGCCCACGCAGACCUCGUCAAGCAAGCGCCUACGCCAGGUGAGCAGCUUAGUGCUUAAUGUGGAAGAGGCCCAUAAACUUCCCAUCAAGUAUUUCACCAACCCAUACUGCAACAUCUACUUGAACAGCGUGCAGGUAGCCAAGACUCAUCCAAGAGAGGGCCAGAACCCUGUCUUCACAGAGGAGUUCAUCUUUGAUGACUUGUCCAGUGAAAUCAACCGUUUUGAAAUCAGCCUAAGCAACAAAACUAAGAAGAGCAAAGAAAGUGACAUAUUGUUUAUGCGUUGCAAUCUGAACCGGCUGCAGAAGGGCCAGAUGAUUGAUGAGUGGUUCCCGCUGAGCUCUCAUGUGCCUCUAAAAGGAAUCGAACCAGGCUCCUUGCGUGUGCGGGCACGCUAUUCCAUGGAGAAAAUCAUGCCAGAGGAAGAAUAUAAUGAAUUUAAAGAGCUCAUUCUUCAAAAAGACUUCCUCGUCAUCUAUGCACUGGCACACGUGUGUGGGCAGGACCGCACCUUGCUGGCCAGCAUUCUGCUCAGGAUUUUCCGACACGAGAAAGCCGAAGCUUCUUUGCUCAGGACUCUCAAUGACAAAGAAAUCAGCAUGGAAGAUGAAGCCACCACUCUGUUCCGUGCCACCACCCUGGCUAGCACUCUGAUGGAGCAGUACAUGAAGGCCACAGCUAUGCCUUUUGUUAUGCAUGCCCUCAAAGACUCUAUUCUCAAAAUCAUGGAGAGCAAGCAGUCCUGCGAGCUGAACCCGUCUAAACUAGAGAAGAAAGAGGACGUAAGUCCGAAUCUAAUCAAUCUACUCUUCAUUCUCUCGGAACUGGUGGAAGAGAUCUUCAAGGCGGCAGAGAUCCUACCUCCGACUUUGAGGUAUAUAUACGGGUGCCUGCAGAAGUCUGUGCAGGAGAAAUGGCCCACUAACACUACAAUGCGGACCAGAGUUGUGAGUGGUUUUGUCUUCCUGAGGCUCAUCUGCCCUGCCAUUCUCAACCCCAGAAUGUUCAACAUUAUCACCGACCCUCCGUCUCCGACUGCGGGUCGAACUCUCACCCUGGUGGCCAAGUCACUCCAGAACCUGGCCAAUCUGGUGGAAUUUGGAGCUAAGGAGCCCUACAUGGAGGGAGUGAAUCCAUUCAUCAAAAAUAACAAACAGCGCAUGAUCAUGUUUCUGGAUGAGUUAGGGAAUGUCCCUGACCUGCCUGAUUCUCCAGAGCACUUUAGGACUGAUCUGUCCCGAGACCUUGCUGCCCUGCAUGAGAUCUGCGCUAUUCACUCUGAUGAACUGCGCACCUUGAGCAACGAGCGAGGAGCACAGCAGCACGUGCUGAAAAAGCUGCUGGCUAUCACCGAGCUCCUCCAGCGGAAACAGGUGCAAUACGCCAUGUCCAACAGCAACAGGUAGUUCAUCUCUCGCUCUCUGUCUGUCACUCCAUCUGUCUCCGUCUCCAUGGAGUAGCCAGUGGGAUCCAAGCAUGUUCCAUCUUCAUUUCCAUGGCAACAUCUCUCCUGCCUCUUUCGCCACACCCCCUCCCUCAUACCACGAUAACUAUGCAACUGAAAGAAAAGCCUGAGACCUGUGUUUUACACCAGUGACUUUUUAAGCUACACCAACAGCAGCUUUUGGGUUUGACUGUGUCCCAUGCUUUGAGAGGGGACCCUCCCACCCUCUCGACCCUCAUUUCUUUUUUCUUUUUUUUUUUGCUUGUCCGACAGAACAUGGGUCCUAGUUAACAACUCAUGAAUCUCAGAAUACCAUCGAACAAGCAUUGCCAAAGCGUUUGCUUUCCGUCUGCCUGACCUGAAAACUGACACGAGGCUGCAGCGAUAUCGAUAACUGGAUUACCUGUAAUGCUUUUUAUACUGUAAUUUGUUACUGAUUUCCAAGGUCAUGCGUGUGCAAAAUGUCCUCAGACUCGUGUGUUUCGUUUAGUUCCGAUUGUGGUGUAGACUGGAUUUUUAAGAGGGUAUGAUUAUUUUAUAUCAAAACCAUAAAUUCUCUUGCUGGAAUCAUGAGUAUAUCAUUUGAUUUAAAAGAAAUCCUCCUCUCCCAUUUGUUUCAUUUGGUUCAGUCUUCCCUGAGUUUAAUUUAAAGGCAGGCUUGUCCUCAGGGGAAGAAGAAAUCUGAUGUUUACAGCAGUUACAUUUAUAAUAGUACAGACUGUAUCAGGAAUGCAUGCACUUAUUAAAAUAUUUUGUAAAGUAA